AUGGAUUUACUAAUAUUUUUCGCAAUAAUACUGUUUCUAAUAGGAUUAAUAAUCCAUAUCUCACAAAAACCAAUGAGAGAUGCUGUAAGCAAUAUACCAGGACCAUAUAACUUUCCAAUCCUAGGAGCUUUUUAUUUAAUAUUUAAAUUGGAACCCAAAUCCGUUUUCAAGACAGCCAACGAAUAUCGUUUAAAAUAUGGACAAAUUAUGAAAAUAUGGGCUUUUAAUCGUUUAAUUGUUAUAUCGGGAGAUGCCGAAAUUAACGAACAACUCUUGUCCAGCACUACACACAUAAGCAAACAACGUAGUUAUGGUAUUUUGCAUCAGUGGUUGGGUGUGGGACUUCUAAUGAGCGAUGGUCGUAAGUGGCAUUCGCGUCGCAAGAUUAUAACACCAACAUUUCAUUUUAAAAUUCUGCAACAAUUUGUCGAAGUCUUCGAUCAACAGGCAGGGGUUUUGGUUCAAUGUUUGGCUAAAAAUUUGGAUGGCAAGAAGGCUUUUGAUGUUUAUCCUUAUAUUUGUGCAGCAACAUUGGAUAUUAUUGCUGAGACAGCCAUGGGAACGAAAAUAAAUGCUCAAACGGAUUCAACGAUGCAGUAUACGUCCGCUGUUAAUGAAAUGACCAAAUUGAUGGCUUGGCGUUUUAUGCGCUUGCCCUUAAACAAUGAAGUAAUUUUCACGAUUUUACAUCCAUUUAAGAAAUUACGACAAACUAAACUCAUACAAAUACUACAUAAAUUUACUGCCAAUAUUAUCGAAGAAAGACGACUUACGCUAAAGAAAAGUUUACAAGAUUCUGCCCAACAUAAAGAAAGUGAUCAAGAAAUAGGUAGCAAACAGCGAAUGGCCUUAUUAGAUGUUCUCUUGCAGUCCACUAUAGAUGGUAAACCAUUAAGCGAUGAGGAUAUACGAGAAGAAGUAGAUACAUUUAUGUUUGAGGGUCACGAUACUACAGCAUCAGCUAUAAGUUUUACUUUAUAUCUGCUAGCCAGAUAUCCACAAGUACAAAAUAAAGUUGUAGCGGAAAUUCAUAAAGUUUUUGGGGAAAAUUCUACCAAAUCCAUAACAUUACAAGACCUAAAUGAAAUGAAAUAUAUGGAGUGUGUUAUCAAGGAGUCAUUACGUUUGUAUCCACCCAUACCAAUUAUAGGGAGACAAAUUAUGGAAGAUUUUAAGUGCAAACAUUCGCGCCUGGGAGAUGUUGUUUUACCAGCCGGUACCGAAUUUUUUAUUACAAUUUUUGGCAUGUUAAAAAUUAAAACCGGUUCUAAGCUCUGCGAAGAUUUUGUACCAGAACGCCACUUGAGUACAAAACCAAGUGAUGACUUUACUUUUAUACCCUUUAGUGCUGGUCCACGCAAUUGUAUAGGUCAAAAAUUUGCCAUGUUGGAAAUGAAGGUGCUUUUAGCUAAAAUUCUGAAGGAAUAUCAACUGCUGCCAUUGGGUGAGGAUGUUGCUCCCGAAUUAAAUAUUGUUAUGCGUUCAACGACUGGCUUGCAAAUUGGCAUUAAGAAAAGAACCAGUCGGAGAGAAUGUUUUUGCUGAAGAAUGGUCCGAUAAAAAAAUAUGUUACAAAUUCGUACAAAA